GAUCAUCGCGAUGCUUUACGAACUAAUAGGCGUGGUCCGCCCUGGCCGCAGUGUCAACGAGAUCAAAGAAAUCACCAAAACGACCGGUAACAUCGUCCUCGCUGCCGGCGGCGUUGUGCGCGGCAUCACAAACUGGGGAACCUUCACAUUACCGAAGCCUGCACGGAAGCAGGGCGCUACCUACCACGAAGGCCACUACUUCAUCCUCCGAUUCGACUCGAGCGCACGAACACAACAUACCGUCCGACGAACACUAGGUCUCGAUCCGCGAAUGAUUCGAUACAGCGUCGUGCAGAUGGGUAGCAAAUUGCAGGAGAUCAAGGAUGUGGCUGGAAAGGUGGAGUGGAAGGCUGUUGCGAAUACAGGACCUCCUCUAUCUGGUUAAGGUCGGGAACAAGCAGAGCGCUUGCUCGGCGGAAUUGCAUGUACAGCAGGAUAUUGGGCAUGGUCGGCGUUUGGGGGUUUUGCAGGAUGGGUGUAAGAGCUGUCGAUGGAAAUACGCGGAAAUUACUCGUCCGAAGCGCUGUGGUCAGGCAUAGUAGGGAGCAAUAGAGAAUCAUAAGAAGGUGCCAUC